CGCGGACUACAUUUCCCGGCAGCCCCCGCGGAGCCCAAGAUGGCGGCGGCGAGCGGCCCCGGGGCGCGGGAGCUGUUCGCUGAGGGGCUCCUGCAGUUCCUGAGGCCCGCCGUGCGACAGCUCGACCGCCACGUCCACAGCGUCAGGGAGAGCCAGGUGGAGCUGCGGGAACACAUCGACAGCUUGGCCACAGAGCUUUGCCGCAUCAACGAGGACCAGAAAGUGGCGCUGGACCUCGAUCCCUACGUGAAGAAGCUGCUGAACGCCCGGCGGCGCGUGGUGCUGGUCAACAACAUCCUGCAGAACGCUCAGGAGCGGCUGCGGAGGCUGAACCACAGCGUGGCCAAGGAGACGGUGCGGAGGAGGGCGAUGCUGGAGGCCGGGGGCUACCAGCCCAAGUGACCAAGUGACCAGCCAGGGGAACAGGUAUCCCCRUUUAUCCCAGCUCAGGAACUGGGGGGGAUGGCCCCCCAUCACCUGCAGCCACGGGAACCCCRAGUCGCGUUCCCAGAUUUGUGGGUGCUGGAAUAAAAGUGACCGAGAGUC